AUGUCCUUAAUAUUAGGUAUUAACUUUUUUUUGUUUGUUUCAUUUUUGAUAUGGAGCCUUAAAAAUAAUAUAUUGUAUCAUUUUGUGAUAAAGGCUAGUUUGAAGCCUCAGUUCUCCUUACCAUCUUUUCAAUCUAAUUCAACUGUUGAACAUUCCAAUUGUUUAUUCUGUCACCCCCUCCUUAACAACUUGGAAAUUCUAUUUUUGUGGAAUUUGGUUUCCCAUUAUCAACAUCAUCAUCAUCUGGUGCUUUUUUUUUACUUAUCAUUGUUGUUGUUCUUGCAUCGCUACAAAUUGUUUCUUCUUCCUUCAGAUUUCAACGCGUAUUGGGCUUUGACAUACACAAAGAAAAAAAAAAACCCACACAAAAAAAUAAAAAAUUUCGAGCGUACCACAAAAUUCAAAAAAAAAACCAUAAUAUACCCCAUUAGGAAGGGUUAUAAACAGAUCUAA